ACCUUUGCCUCUUCACAUUAAUAUAUUCCAUCACCAACUUUUUUUUCAUUUUCCUAGUAUUAAUUAUUCAAAAAACGUACGUAUCGAAUUAAAAAUAUUUGUGUGAUGACGACGACGACGAAGUUCAUGUCCAUUAAUGUAAUUCUUAUUCUCCUUCUUCUGGUCCCACUUGUUGUGUGUCAUGGAGUUGCUGAGGAUCCGGAGGCGGUGGAGAAAUGGUUCAAGAAGCUUCCAUCCGCAAAGCAGCAUCUCUCCAAGCUUCAUUUCUACAUUCACGACAUCAUGAGCGGAGACCACCCAACCACCGUCCCCAUCGCCAGCGCCAACUCCACCGCUUCCUCCCCGACCCGGUUCGGCCUGGUCUACGUCAUGGACAGCCCCUUGACCGAGGGACCCGAGCUCAGUUCCAAGCAAAUCGGGCGUUGCCAGGGGACUUUCACUUUCGCUUCCCAAUCCGAGAUCGGUCUCCUCCUCACCCUCAACUUCGUCUUCACCGACGGCCACUUCAAGGGCAGCACCCUCUCCAUCCUGGGCAACAAGAAGAGAGAUCACCAGUACCGGGAGUACCCCGUUGUCGGAGGUUCCGGUGCUUUCCGGCUGGCCGAGGGCAUUGCCGUCGACAACACUUACACCGGCCCCGUCUCCGAGGGAAGGCCACCCACUGAAUGCCAAGUCAUGGUCUUGCAUUACUCUCAUUCCACCAGCAAGAUGGUCGACGAUAUUUUGAUUUCUGUUUGGGCUCAUACAUUUCCUCACUAUCAAUUAUUUAUUGGGCCAAUAUAUGACAUUGUUGGGCCCGUAUUGGACUAUCACACGCUCAUCGGGGGGCUUCCUGCCUUGACGGACUCACGGGAGCUCAGGGCUCGGGAGGCAGCAGCCCAGGAGGUGAAUGGUGGUGAUGUGGUCGGAAUUGAGGGACUUAAUCACGAUCAUCAGAAGGAGUCCUCCCAAAAGUUGAUAUUACAACCUGAACUUAUACCUAAGCAUGUUGCUCUGUUUUUCGAUGGUCAUCGGAGAUGGGCUGCCCAGAAUGGCUUGUCCUGGGAGGAGGGUUACAGGGCUACCGGAAGACCAAUGAGACAAACGAUUCGCUUCCUUAAUGAAAUUGGAGUCAAAGUUUUUACCAUUUUCGGCUUUUCCGAUAAGAAUUGGCUGCGCCCCAAAGCACGGAUAUCUGUAAUUGGUGACACUUCAAAACUUCCAGAGUCUCAGGCAAAGCGCAUAGCGAUGGCGGAAAUGAUCACAAGAGGCAACAAAGGAAUCCAUUUGGUGGUAGCAUUAAACUGUGGUGGAAGGCAUGGUAUCCUUGAUGCCACCAAAUCAAUGGCUAACAAAAUUAAGGACGGCCGGAUGUCGGUGAGCUGUCAACCUGGAUGGAAGAGGUCCAACCAUCUGGGACAAGUUCGCACAUUCAUACGGCAAAAUAUAUAUGAUCUCAGCAAUGCCGAUGUAGCCGUGACUCAAUAUCAUCGCACAUUCAUGGGCAUGGAUGGCUACAGAUUUUCCAUUGCCUGGACCAGGAUUUUCCCAAAUGGAACAGGGCAACUGAAUCAGGCCGGAGUUGAUCAUUACAACAAUCUCAUCAACGCUUUACUCGACAAUGAGAUUGAGCCUUAUGUGACAAUCUACGACUGGGAUCUUCCUCAGGCAUUGGAGGACAAAUAUCAAGGAUGGCUUAGUCCCGAAAUCAUCAACGACUUUGCUGUGUUUGCUGAGACAUGCUUUGAAGAAUUCGGGGACCGAGUAAAACAUUGGAUCACAUUCAACGAGCCUCGGACUGUUGCCGUCCAAGGUUACGAUGCCAAUUGCAAAAUGGCGGUACUGGAAGGUGAGAUUAACAACUUCAUUUUUGUAUGGUCAACGGUCCUGGCAUCCCUCUGUUACUGUCACGCCGCCGGCAAGAUUUUCCGGCAAGGCGUCUCGAGAAGCCUGGCCAUACUUCCGGUAGCUUUACUCUUCUUCUAUCUCCCUUUGAAUCUAAACUCCGUCAAUCUCGGGAUUUAUGCUUACAAACAAUUCAUCCCGCAAAAGAUCAUUUGGUUUUUCUAUUGUCUCCACAUUUAUUUCACCCUUGAAAUCAUUCUGGCAUCGGUUUCAGCCCUUGCGCGAGCCACGAUUCGAGUCGAGUUAGAGCAUCCGUUUAACCAACCAUAUUUGGCCACUUCACUCCAAGAUUUUUGGGGAAGGAGAUGGAAUCUGAUGGUCUCCAACAUCUUACGGCCCACAGUGUAUGAUCCGGUCCGUUUGAUCUCGGAGAGCGUCCUGGGCUCUGACUGGGCUGCCAUACCAGCCGUUCUUGCAACGUUCGUGGUGUCUGGGCUAAUGCACGAGCUGGUUUUCUACAAUUUUGGUAGGUUGAAGCCCGACGGGGAAGUUCUGUGCUUCUUCCUUCUUCACGGGGUGGCUUUGGCUGUUGAAAUUGUGGUCAAAAGAGCACUAAAGGGCAGAAUUAGUGGGGUACCUGGAAUUGUGUCUGGGCCUUUGACGCUUGCUUUUGUGAUGUAUACAAGUUUUUGGCUGUUUUUUCCUCCAUUUUUGAGGGCUAAGGUAGAGUGGAAAGGGUGUACUGAGGUACUUGCUUGUAUUGAAUUCCUUAAGAGUGGUCGGCUUGUUAGUCCCGCCAAUUUUACCUGCCCGUUUCCAUUCUAA